CCUGCCCCGUCCCCCAGGGUGCUCACGCGUUGGGCGGGCGUUGCCUUCUUCACCCAUCCCGUGCCGCCAGCAUCACGCACCAGACCGCGCGGCCUGCACCUAUAUGUACUUCCCAGCUCGCCGGCAGAUACAAGCGCCGCACGCCGAUCGAAAAUUCAGACAUACAGUCGCAACAAGGCAGAGCGGGCGCGCGACGUACCGCCCACCGGCGCGAAAGGCGGCCCGGGAGGUGGUGGAGGCGCUGACAUGGGCCGGAUCCCGUGCUGCGAGAAGGAGAAGGUGAAGCGCGGGCAGUGGACGGACGAGGAGGAGGACAAGCUGCUCUCCUACAUCAUGCAGUACGGCGCGCGCAACUGGCGCCUCAUCCCCAAGAACGCCGGGCUGCAGCGGUGCUGGAGGAGCUGCCGGCUGCGGUGGGCCAACUACCUGCGGCUCAAGCUCAAGCACGGCGAGAUCACUGACGCCGAGGAGCAGUCCAUCAUCAAGCUGCACUCCGUACUGAGCGACAGGUGGUCGGUGAUCGCGGCCCAGCUGCCGGGGCGGACGGUCUACGACGUCAAGAACCACUGGAACACCAAGCUCAAGAAGAAGCUGUCCGGGAUGGGGACACCCCGUGGGGCAGCGGCGUUGCAGGAGCAGCAGCACAACAGCAGUAGAGCGCGGCAUCUAUUUUUGUUUUUAACGAAAGCGCGGCCUCUAAUCUCCGACGUAACCGACGAGGUGCACGAGGUAGCACAUCCAGUGCAACAGCCUGAACUAAUGGGCAGACGCCGCUCCGCGCGCAUCGCCGGCCAGCCGCCUCUCUGAAGUCUUUCUUCAGUUUCGACAGUUUCGUCAGUGUUGGCAUCUGUUUCAGACUAAAUUUCGUAGUAUUUGCUAGCUAUGUCAGUCAGUGUCACCGCGUGAUAUCUAUUUCAAUGCCAUCUACUAUCUGAGUGUGUGAACAAUAUAGUGUCUGGAUGCUAUCUACGGGCUAAAUGAUAGGGACAUACACUUUGGUUCCUGGUUGUAUAGUAGUAUAUUUUUCUUGUGUGGAAUUUUCAGGAGUAAUUUUGGUUAGUGGUGGAAA